GUUCUCUGUCAACAAAGCCGCGGUUUGUAGUUGAGUUAAAGCGACGUGUCUGAGGGAGCACCCGGCCCAGUUCCGGUACCGGUUCUCCGCACCGACCCGUUACUCCCCCAUCAAGUUUGGGUCAGUUUUCACAUCUGAAGAUGACUUUUUUUAGAGUUCUGUCGGCGGUUCUGGUCUCGGCGUGUUGGUUCGUGUGUGUGUCGGUGGCGCAGAACCAGAAUGUGACCAUCACAACGACGACCCAACACCCGGCCAUCACCAACGGAACCACCACCAACGACACGGCCCACCACGGACAUGGCAAGUUUAGCAGGUUCGGCGUGGACCCGUCCAUGAUCCAGAGGGCCCUGUACGUCCUGAUCGUGUUCACCGUGUUUGGACUCCUGUACUUCCUGGUCCGAGCUGUUCGGUUGAAGAAGCCGUUUCAGAGGAAGAAGUACGGCCUGCUGUCCAACUACGACGACUCGGUGGAGAUGGAGGCGGUGGACAGCGACGAGGACGACACGCUGUACGAAGCCCGCAGCCUGCGCAGAUGAGUCCGGUUCUCUGGUCCUGAUGGACCGGACCGGAACGCCGGCUCAGAUCGAUCGAGGACAUGCGGCUGCCGGACGAGGACCAGAACCAGAACGGACCAAAAACAAAACCCCGAACUUCGGCUGCUUGAAGACGCCGAUCAGAAUAAUCAGCUAUUUAUUUCUAAAUGACUGAUGUGAUUUAAACGAGGUGUUGGUUCUGACCGGGACGCUUUAACGGAUUCUAACUGGGCCAAAUAUUUCUGUUUGUCAUUAUUAAUAUUAUUAUUAUUUGUUGAUUUCUAACAGCUUUGUUGUUUUUCUGCCAUGAGCUACUUGAGUGUGAGGCAGAGUCGGAACCGAUCGAUCCGAAACGACCCGAUCGAUCAGGACUUGUCCUCCUGACAGACUUUGACCCGCAGAUAAAAAAAGACGUGUUUAAAAAUGUUUUGGGUGUCGAUUCCAGUUUUUCUUUCCUGUUUAAGAUGAACAAAAAGAACUGUUCA